AUGGCUGCCGCUGAGACGCGUAGGCUGCUUGAGCAGCUCAUGGGCGAGACGUCCAUGUCUGGCACCGACCAGCGCGCGCCGCAACUCGCCAUCACCGACCCCAAGGUCUGCCGCUCAUUUCUCGUCGGCCACUGCCCCCACGAUCUCUUCACCAACACAAAGAACGAGCUUGGCCCGUGCCCCAAGGCGCACAACGAUGCGCUCAAGACCGAGUACCAGGAGGCCGACGCAGACCAGAAGCGCAGAUGGGCCUUUGAGUUUGACUACAUGCGAGACAUGCAACACCACAUCGACAGCUGCAAUCGCAAGAUCGACUCCGCCCAGCGAAGGCUUGAGAAGACGCCCGAAGAGAUCCGGCAGACCAAUGCUCUGCUGAAAGCAAUCAACGAGCUCACCAAGUCCAUAGAAGCGGGCCUGCUGGAGAUCCAGAUCAUGGGUGAAGAAGGCAUGGUCAACAUGGCCGUCCAGGAGUUUACCAAGUUGCGUAUGAAAAAGGCUGAGAAGGAAGAGCGGGAACGGGAGCUGCGGGCACUGUCAGACACCGGAGGACCAUCGGGUCACCAGAAACUCCAGGUCUGCGACGUAUGCGGUGCGUAUCUCAGCAGGCUUGACAAUGAUCGUCGUUUAGCAGACCAUUUUUACGGAAAGAUGCAUCUCGGCUACGCUCAAAUGCGCAAAUCAUACGAAGCCCUACAAAAGGAUCUCAAAGGACGCGCCCCACCACGGGACGCGUUCGUAUCCGCCGGUGACGAUAUGAACGGCUCUCGUGGCGGCCAGGCCGGAUGGGGCGGAGGUGGUUACGCAGGUGGCGGUUAUGGCGGCCGAGGAGGGCGUCGUGGCCGCGGUCGACGUGGCGGGUGGUAGACAGACUAUCGUUGGAUCCGGAGUUCAAGGUGUGUUAUGAAGAUUCCCAAAGGCGCGACUCACCACAGUGAUUCUACGGCGAUACCCAUCUUCCGCCGAGUAAUUGUACAACAGCAGGGCAAUCCUGAGACCAUUCUGGGGCAUGGAGCUUCUUGCCUAGUCCAAAUCAAAACAUGUACGCUUUCUCCGA